AUGGGAUUGGAAACCCACUUUAAUUUUAUGAAAAAAGCCUUAGAUGCUGCUCAAAUCGCCUUAGAUGAAUUAGAAGUUCCCAUAGGAUGUAUCUUUGUUUAUAAAAACAAGAUCAUUGCCCAAGGAUCAAACAAGACUAACGCUACCUCGUGUGGUAUUAACCAUGCUGAAAUGGAAGCCAUUGAUGAGAUAAUCGCCAAAUACCCAAACUACAAAGAGAUAUUACCAUUUGCUGAUCUUUAUGUGACUGUGGAACCAUGUAUAAUGUGUGCCUCCGCGUUGAGACAGUUAGGCAUAAGAAGAGUCUUUUUUGGAUGUGCAAAUGAUCGUUUUGGUGGUAAUGGAUCAGUAUUGACAAUUCACAGUGACAAGUUAAACAACAAAUUAGACUCAUCCAUAUACCCUGUUUAUCCGGGAAUCUACGCUAAAGAAGCUGUCACUUUGCUUAGAAAGUUCUAUCUUAACCAGAAUGAAAAAUCUCCGAAUCCGCAGACUAAGAAGCUUAGACAGUUGGACAUGGAGAAUUUUCCUCGAUUGCAGUUUGAAAAAUAUUUGACCAAAGAACAAUUUGUAGACAUGUACGGAGAAUCUCAGCUAGACGUAUAUGUGGGAGAAUCUGAUGAGAUUGUUUUACAAAGACCUACUAAAAUUCCAAAAAUAUAG